GAUACAUUACGGUGAGCCCGCCACGCAACUGCGCAAGCUAGAGACGGCGGGGGUUGGAUGAAAUCCGCGAUCUCCAUCGCGGCUGUAAAGCAGCGAGAUAUCUCGGAAGGGAAAAGCAAGAGAAGCAAGCAUGGCAGGCGGGCGAUGGCGAAGGUCCGCAAGGGCACAAACCCUGCUCCCUCUCCGUACAACUCACCUUUCCCACACCACCUCCUGCUGGUACUGCGACUUCAAGAUUUCUACCUUCAACGAACUUCUGUUUUCUUUAGGGCGUAAACAUGCAAGGUUUUUACGAGUUUGGUUUGCAAUCGGGGUUGGAUUUAGCAUCAUCGCAUUAAUUGGAGCUACUGUGAUCCUACUGAAGGAAUCUGUUGGAGCUUUAUAUGUGCACAAUGGGAAUGCUUCAACGGGCAUGUUGUUUGGACUUUCUCCUUUGGUUCCUGGUUUGAGAAUAUCGAUCACCGAUGCUGGAUACAUGAUCAUCUCAACCUUGAUAUCCAUAGCUGUUCAUGAGUUUGGUCAUGCUGUUGCUGCUGCAAGUGAGGGCAUGCACAUUGAAUACAUAGCCAUAUUUCUAGCAAUCCUGUUUCCGGGGGCUUUGGUUGCUUUCAACUAUGAACUGCUGCAGAGUCUACCUCCCUUCACCGCCCUUCGUAUAUAUUGUGCAGGCAUAUGGCAUAAUGCCGUGUGUUGUGCAGUUUGUGGGUUAGCAUUGUUCCUCCUGCCUUUAAUCCUGUAUCCUGUUUACAUACAUGGUGAAAACCCCAUGGUUCUGAGCGUCUCCCCUAAGUCACCAUUGUCAGGGAGUUUAUCGUAUGGUGAUCUAAUUGUUUCAUUAGAUGGGUCCCACAUCCACAAUCCUCAAGAAUGGAUAGAGAAGAUGGUUCUGAUGGAUGAUCAGACAGUGAAAGGAUCUGACAACUUAGAAGAUUCUCGAAGUGUGCAGGCAUUCAGUAGCAGAAAAGGGUAUUGUGUCCCUAGUUAUUGGGUAGAAGAAAGCAGGAAGGUUCAACCAUUAGAUGAAUGGUUUGCUUGUCCAGGUGAACUUAUGGCAUUCAAGAGUUGGCCCUGCCUCGGUUUGAGUUUGACCGAUAGCAUUCACAGAAGUGACCAAAACUUAACUGGAAGCAUGCACUGCUUACCUGCUAAGGAUGUUGUCAAACUUAAAAAAUGUGGUGAUGGAUGGAAAACAACUGGAACCAACAGUAGCAGCUGCCCAUGUUCGCAGGAUGAAACCUGCCUAUCACCUCUUCAGAAGCCGGGUUUGACAUGGGUUGAGAUCACAUAUUCAAGCCCUUAUUCAUCUAAAUGCUCACAUCCUGACAGAACUUUGUCCGCGGAUUUCGAGAACCGUGAGUCCAGAUCAACAGACUGCGGAGGAACUUUUGUUUUUGUUGGAGAUGUGCUCUCUGAGGCGCAUUCUGUUCAAUUAACCGCAUAUCGGCCUCGUUGGGAGUUCAAUUUAGGUUUGCAUCUCCCAAAUAUGUUAGAGAAGAUGCUGGCCUACACCUACCAUGUCUCUGCAACACUGGCUCUUCUCAACAGUCUGCCGGUCUUUUUUCUGGAUGGUGAAUCCAUUGUGGAGGUGAUUCUCUGCUGCAUCACUUGGCUGAGCCUGAGGCGGCGGCGGCACAUCCUACAAGUUUGUCUUUUGGGUGGGACCCUUCUAUCCAUAUUUGCCUUUUUACAGGUCUUCAUGUCCAUUGUUUUAAGAUAUGGGUAGUUUUGUCAUUUUCACCAUACUGUUGUUCUCUGAACAUGAGUUUUUCCUCUGUACCAUAUCACUGUGCGAGCCUCUCUAUCAAUGAUGUGCUAACAUGUAGUUCAAUGAAUGAUUAACUAUAGAUCUUUACACUGUGACAUGUUUUACUGAUGCAAGAUAAAUCACAUUGCAUUUCAUCCCGAGUGUAAUAGUAACAUUGAAGAGUGUAAUUACAUGGUAACUAUAAAAUGAUUUAUUUAUUUAUUAUUA